AUGAAAAGCUCGUCGAUUGCGCUGCUGUUUAAACGGCACGCCGCGUCGCCGGGUGGGACGGCGGGGGGAAAGGCGCAGCAAGCGGAGGGCGGAGUGGAAGGGGGGAAGGGGGGAGGCGUGGGGGAAGGCGGAAAGACAGGGCCGCAGAAUGGUUUGGAUGAUAAAUAUCUGAUCAACCUCAUUGACUCCCCGGGACACAUUGACUUCUGCAGUGAGGUGUCAACAGCAGCGCGGGUGUCGGACGGAGCAGUGGUGUUGGUGGAUGCAGUCGAGGGGGUCCACAUACAGACGCACGCUGUGCUGAGACAGGCCUGUCUGGAGCGCCUGCAGCCUGUACUCGUUAUUAACAAGAUGGACAGGCUUAUAACGGAGCUGAUGCUCACUCCUGCGGAGGCCUACGAACGGCUCAAGGGCAUAAUCACGGAGGUCAACAACAUCAUCCACGCAUUCCGCUCCGAGAAAUACAUGUCCCACGUGGACUCCCUCUCCCUGCCAGCUGGCGCUACGUCAGCAGGCCAUCCAGCUGACGCCGACGGGGAAGCAAGCGGGGGAGGAGCAGGAGAAGGGCAAGGGAGGGGGGUGGGGGAGGGGGAGGAGGAGGAGGAUGAGGAGGAUGUGUUUUCCCCAGACAAGGGGAAUGUGGCAUUGGCAAGUGCGGUGGAUGGGUACUAUAUUCCCAAGACCAAGAAAAUUCUGAAAAAGAAAGCAGCGCAGGCGGCAGUGGGCGGCGCAUCUUCGUCUGCCGCCGCCCGGCUGCGGCCGAUGUUUGUCCAGUUUGUGCUGGAGCCCGUGUGGCAGAUCUAUGAAGCUGCCGCCCAGGGAAGCAACAGUAACAACAGCGGCAACAGCGGCAGUAACAGUAGCAAUGCAGACAAAUCCAAUCCGAUUCUCGAGAAAAUCAUAUCUUCGCUGGGUCUGUCUGUGCCGCCCAAAGAUCUCCAGCACAAGGAUCCUCGCACCGUCGCCCAAUCAGUGAUCGCCAGGUGGCUGCCUCUCGCGCCCUGCAUUCUAUCCAUGGUGGUGGAUUGCCUUCCCGACCCUGUUGCCGCCCAGAAAGACAGGCUCGGGUGCUACCUGCCGAAUCGGCCCGCCGUACCAGCUUCGUUAGACAGGUCUGGGGAAGCGGGAGCGGGAGAGGAGGAGGGAGGGGAGGAGUCGGUGUUGCGCCAGGUGGCGGCGGUUGAUAGGGCGGUGGAGACGUGUGAUUCGAGCGAAGAGGCCCCGUGUGUGGUGUUUGUGUCUAAGAUGUUUGCUGUGCCAUAUGAAAUGCUUCCAAGGGAGGAGCAGAGAGCAGAAGAGGAAGCAGCUGCUGCAGCAGCAGCAGCAGGAGGAGGAGGAGGAGGAGCAGGAGGAGGGGGAGGAGCAGUGGGGGGAGGAGUGGGGUCGGGAGGAGAUUUAGCUUCAGUGGACGAUUUAGGAGUGUCAGUGCGUGAUCGCGACUUCUUUUUCGCGUUUGCCCGUGUCUUCUGCGGGCGGCUGCGGGCGGGGCAGCGCGUCUUUGUCCUUUCCCCGCUCUACGACCCGUGCCGCCCGGCGACGUGGGCACGGCACAGACAAGAGGCGCAAGUGGGCGCACUGUUCAUGAUGAUGGGGCAGGGGCUGCAGCCAAUCAGCAGCGUGCCAGCUGGCAGCUGCGUGGCGAUCAAGGGAUUAGAGGCGUGCAUUCUGAAGAGUGCGACUGUGUCUUCAACUCCCUACUGCCAGCCAUUCGCUUCCAUGGUGUUCCAGGCUGCCCCUAUUGUCCGUGUCGCCAUCGAGCCAGAAGACCCUCGCCACCUCCCCCUGCUCGCACGCGGCCUCCGUCUAUUAAACCGUGCCGACCCCUUCGUAGAAGUCGUACUGGCUCGCUCAGGGGAGCACGUGGUGGGAGCAGCAGGGGAGGUGCAUCUGGAGCGGUGCAUCAAGGACCUGCAGGAGCGCUUCGCCCGCAUCAAGCUCGUCGUGUCCAAGCCCAUCGUUUCCUUUCGAGAAACCAUCGCCCCCUCGGGAUAUGCGACUGGCUCUGCGAGUGCGAGUGCAUCCGGGUCUGAGAGUGCGUUGGUGUUUCCUACCACGGUGCUUACGGUUACCACCACUCCGGGACCCCCUCCUAGCCUCUCAUCACUGCCUGGUGCUGGUGGUGCUGGGGUUGAUGGGAUGAACAGCAGUGGGAACUCAGCAUCCCCCUUAGCAGCAGCUUCGUUAUCUCACCUAGCAGCGCUGGCAGCAAAUUCUGCUGCGUCUGCUGCCUCUGGAGCGGCCAUACCACUAGGCUUCGGCCUUGGUUACGCGCUUGCGGUUACCACCACAAGCACUGGUUUUGCUGCCGGUGGCAGUGCUGGUAAUAGCAUUAGUGGCAGCGGUGCUGGUUCCAUGGGUAACCCUGCUCAUCCCUCAUCAGCAGGAGCGGGAGGGGGAGGGGCGGCAGCAGGGGCAGGUUUACCCGGGGGAGGUGCUUUCUGGACGGAGCUCUGGGCGGCAAACGGGCGGUGCCGGGUGAGGGUGCUCGUUGAGAAGCUUCCUGGAAAGCUGGCAGCGGUUUUGGAGAGAGAAGGGGAGACUCUGAGGGAUGCGCUUGUUGAAGAGGGAGGAGGGGUGGGGGGCGGAGGCAAGGGAGGAGGAGGAGGAGGAGGAGGGGCAGAAGGAGCAGGAGGGGAAGGAGAAGGAGAAACGUCAGCACCAUCAGAAAAUUCAACUCAGUCAAUGCAGUCAAUGCAGCAGUCAAGGCAGUCAGCCACUCUAGCAUCCCUAAGGCAACGCCUCCUAGAAGCCAUAGACGAGGCAGACAUAGAUGAGGGCUUGGACGCAUCUGGGGGAGGAUCAUCUGCCGCCUCUGCUUCUGCCGCUGCCUCUUCGUCUUCAUCUGCAGGGAACCAGCCAAUGGGAGCGGAGGCGAGGCGGGCGGCAGUGGCGGAUUUCCGGGCGGCAUGGAGGAGCAAACUGGAGAGAAUCUGGUCGCUAGGGCCGAGACACGUCGGCCCAAACUUGCUCCUUGCUCCCAUUCCUGUGAAUCCCAGUGGGAAUAGUACAGAUAAUUCUAGUGGGAACAGUACUGGUCAUUCUAGGUCAGGCGUUUCUGGGAGCUUGCCAGCUGGCGGUGUGGUUGUUCCCGGGCUGCCGGAAGCUUCCUGGAAACUCGGGCUGGCAAGCGCAGGUGCUGUGCAAGGUGGUGCGGAAGGAAUGGGGAAAGGGGUGGGAGGGUCGAAUGGUGCGGUUAGUGCAGCAGAUGGGGAGGAGCGGGAGGAGAAGGAGGAGAGGGAGAGUGGUGCUGUUGUUGGUGAUGCUCCUGUUAGCCCCUCUAGUGCGCCAGAGCAUGAAGUGGUGCUGCGGAACGAAGCCGCUGGUGAGACGUCUCAAGAGGAACAUGAUGACGUGGCACUGCAGCACGAAGCGGAGGGAUUGGCCGGGUCGGUGGUGAGUGGCUUCCAGCUCGCCACGUCAGCAGGCCCUCUGUGCGAGGAGCCCCUGUGGGGGCUGGCGUUCACUGUAGAGGUUGUGAUUGUGAUGAGUGCAGUGAAGGACGCGUGCAGAGCAGCAGUAGCAGCCAACUCCCCUCGGCUGGUAGAAGCCAUGUUUCUGUGCGAGGUCACCACCACCACUGAGGCAUUAGGGGCUGUGUAUGCGGUGCUGGGGAGGAGGAGAGCAGCCGUGGUGAGGGAGGAGAUGAAUGAGGGAUCGGGGAUGUUCACUGUGCAUGCGCAUUUGCCCAUGGCAGAGUCGUUUGGGUUUGCAGAGGAGUUGAGAGGCAGGACGUCCGGUGCUGCCAGCCCGCAGUUGGGCGGCAGUGAGUCAUCAGCAGAAAAGAAGUCAUUAGAUGUGGGUGGCCAGGAAGUUGAACGAGGGGAGGCAUGA